CCGUCGAUCCUUUAUUUUGGACAGUUAGCUCUUGGUUACAUAGCAUAUUAGUUAAUUUUAUUGAAAAUGAUUUUCUGUCGCAAUGCAAUUUCCGAAAUAAAUAGGUGAGACAUAUUAAUUGUAAAUUAGUUCUUUUAAAUUCCCAACGCAUUUUUUGUAUUUUAAACUGUCAAAAAUAAAAAUUAGUAUUAUUUCCUUGCCUCUUUUUCUUCCUCUGCUUUUGAUUUUAUGACCUUUGUUAAGUCAAUCUUAUGUCACAGAGACGAUACACGAGUGAACAUUGCAGCCUUCUAAAGUUAUAUAAUGUGUAAUAAUUAUAUAUGCAAUAAAAUAAUGUAAAUUGGGAAAUUAGAGGAAUCUUGAAAGUAUAUAAUACUCCAAUUUUCAAACUUCAUCAAAAUAUUCGUCAUCCUUCUCGUCAAUAUAUUCAUGCGAUGUAAUAUGUCUAUCAAAAAGACGGCAACAACUUCCAUUCUCUCGCAUACAAUAAUGACAAAACGCGACCAAAAAUAUCAUUCCUAGAAAUGCUGGUAAAGUGACCAUGUAGAGAUACUGCAAGUUACUUCCUGUUGUUUCAGCCUUUUCUUCUUUAAGUGUUAUGUCGUGUAAUUUUUCCAUUUUAAACAGUGUUCUCGACAACAAUUUUGUAAGGGGAGUCUUCCACUUUUGUUUUCUUCAGAGCAUCACGACCUGCAUUUCAGGCUCUUGCUAUCCUUGUAUGUGAUGGAUGAUUCACGCUUCACUCCGAAUCGUUGAUAAGAGUACAUAUCCUGGCCAACAGAGAUUGCCUCUGGGGGGGGAAAUGCUUGCAUUUGGCGUCGUUUUAUUUCUUGAAAUAAAACGAAUGGAGUGUUGGACGAUGCAUACGUAUGCAUGUGCAAUCUUUUUCACUCUUGACACUGGAAUAAAGAGAAACAAUUACUAGUAUUUGUGCCUUUGCUGCGGAAUUUUGAAUAUGCAUAUACUUUCUAAUAGAAAUAAUAUGUAAUACCUACUGCAAGUUUGUUUUGAUUCUGACUUGUCAAGCAAAUUACGCGCAUUCUAUGCACAAUCACAAGACAGUUUAGCCAAUUCUACACCCCUGCUCUACACUUGAAAAACACACACAUUGUUUGUCAUCAAGCAAUCGAGAAAGUUGGUGUUUCUGCAGGUGUUCGUGGCCUAACACUCUGUUCUCUAGUUCGUGGUCCGUCAUUGUUCGUUGUGUUCUUCGGCCCUGGUGUUCUUCUCGAGCAGCUGGUGUACUGUCAUUUGUCAAUUAUCUCCUCGUUGUGUUUUCCAGUGUUUGCCCCAUUGUGAGAUAUGAAGUAAAAUUGUGGUGGUUCCAGCGUUUUUCCUAUCACUUAAUACACAAUGGGAACUAGUAUUGUAUUCGGAAUUCGACUGUCUCCACAUUCUUUUCAGCGCGUAAAAAUUGAUGGCGUUAACCUAGAUAGUAAGGUAGAUCAGCUAAAAUUACAAGCCUCAAAAACUACUAACCUUCCGAAAAAUUUCCUGGAACUGGUGUAUUGUGGAAAUGUGUUAGAUGACACUGCAACUUUAAGGUCUUGUGGUCUUCGACAUGGAGUAAUGGUCCAUGUAAUUAAAAAGAAAGAGAAAGAACCUGCCGUUCCUGCCAAAACAAUGUCAGAAACAGACAUUCAAGACCUUGUACUGGCUUUUCGUACAUUUACCCGACAUCCCAGUUAUCGGAGUGCACUACAUCGCUUGAGUCGACCUGAAGUUUUGGAAUACAUAAUUACUGCUACCCCUGGCUUAAGAGAAGAUCCAGUUGCUAUUUCAAUACUUCAGGACCCAGAAUUACUUGUUCAUAUGGAGAAUGCAGACACAGUUAAGAGGAUUGCAGAUCUUCAUCCAUCAUUAGCUGAAGCAGCUAAUCACAUUGCUGCUGCAGUGCAUGAAGAGGCAAGUACUGGAAAUUCAACUAAUCAACCAUCAAGUUCUGGUUAUUCUUAUUCUUUAGAUGCCCUUAGUGACGAGGAAGAAAUGGAUUCAUCUCAGUCUUCAGAUUCACAGCCCCGUCCAGGUGAUAAUAUGGGAGAGCCUGCAUUCUCAACAAUCACAGCAGCGCAAUUAGCUGCGGCUCUUGCUUCAGCCACAGCUUCACCGCAACCAUCAAGUUCUGGGGCAUCAGGUGCUGGCAGUAUUCAUGGGAGCAGUGGCAUCAUUACAUCUGAAAUGUUCAGCCAGGCUAUGCAGCAAGCCAUUGCAAAUGUAGGAUCUUCUGGUUCAGUCUCAACAGGCGCAGAUGCAAAUGCUUCUUCUGGGGGUUCUGGAGAAAAUCCAGAUGUUGAAGCGUUGACUCAGCGUUUAUCAAGGCAGCUUCAGCAGAUGAGAGAAAUGGGAUUACACAACAAUGCUGUGAAUAUUCAAGCUCUUCAAGCUACUGGAGGUGAUGUGCAAGCAGCCAUUGAAUUAGUCUUUAGUGGAGCUAUCACUCCUGAUUCCCAUUAGUACAUAAAAAUGUAAUUUUGAUCUCGACAACUAAAUCGGAUAGAAAUUUUAUGUGAGGUGAGAAAAUUAUAAUAUGCAUUUCAGAAAUAUAUUUAUAUUUUAAUUGUGUAUUUGACAAGUUAAUUGAGGUUUUGAUAACUAAAACUAGAUCUGAAGCAAAGAAACUUCAGAAAUUCGACAAGUAUUUCAUCAAUUAUAAUUAUUGAAACACUUGAGCUAACAUGCUUUCUUUGAUAAAUGUAUUCCUGGACUCGGAUGGAAUUCAGAAUUUUCAAUGUUUACCCAGUAUAAUGUAUGAUAAAAAGCAACUUUCCUCAUUAAAUUUUUGUAAAAAUUAGCCUUAGACUUAAAUCAUAAAAUACUUGAUGAGUGAAGGCAUAAGAGAGAACUACUUGUUAAAAUAUAUCUGAAUUAAUUCCAAGAUAAUUUUUUGGAUGUAAGCAUUAAUGUAGGGUUGAUGAUUACUGCUGUAAUUUUUAAUCAAUCACAUUGCUUCAUAAACAGUACAGAUUCUUUUUGUCUGUGUUAUUGGGUAUGCAUUCACCUUGCCUGUAUUAUGUAUUUGACUUGGCAAUGUAAUUUACUACAAAUAAUUGUAAUAAUGGAAAGUAUUAAAAAUUAAAUCUGUGAAAAAUAAAAUCAAUCCUGAAACACACUUUUAAGACAUACCAGCUUUGGAACCAAUGAGAGAAAAAAAAUUCUUUAUAUAAUCCCCAUUUCAAUUACUGUUUCCAGAUUUUACUUUUCUUUUAAAAACAAAAAUGAAUGCUGCCACUAGAGUACAAAUUAAUAUUUGUUCAAUGAUUUAAUCUGAAAUUGUAAUUGAUAAAAGGAUUUUAGUAAAAUUUGUGAUAGUUGAUUAAUCACAAAUUGAUUGAUGGUCACUUGAUUUGCCUCCUGCAAAUUCAGUUGAUUAAAAUUUUAAUUGAAGACAAAUGGCCAAGAAACUAUUGAAGGUUAUAUAUAUUUUGCAAUAAAAUUGUAUUGGUGCAAUAAGUUUUCUUUCUUUCCAUGACUGAAAUUAGUGUACUAUCUGGUCUUGUACUUCUAAUGGAGCUACAAAAUAUUUUUUUAUGGAAGAUUCAAUUGAAUUAAGACCAAUAUUGGUAUGGUAGACUUUAUCAAGUUCAUUACAAGAGUGUCUGUCGAGUAUGAAAGAUGAAUAGUACUUGUAAACCAAUUUUUGCUAUUUCAGUAGGUUAAGGUUCCAUCCCUACCAAGGUAUCUUUACCUUGGUAGGGCCACAUCUAUUCCUCAGGAACAUGUAGGGGCAUAAACCUCCAGCCACCUUUACCCUGAAGCUCACUUGGAAAAGAGGCUGAGUUGUCCCGAAUGGAAAUCAGAUAAAAAUCCUAAGCAAAGCCAGUGCAAUAUCACUGAGUCACCACGUCUCCUUUAAAUUUAACUAGAAAUUUAUUCAUUUCUUUUUUAAUAAAUAUACCAUGGUGUAUGUGUACAUAUGUACCAUAAAUAUAUACAUGUGUUUUACAUUGUUUUAUGUAUUACGUGGGCUACAUUUUCUCUUAUUAAAAAUCGGACGAUUGCAAUUAACAUAAGGUGAUUCUACCUAUGGAAUUUCAAUCUUUUUUAAAUGUGAAGAAAAAUCAUUGAAUGCAAUCAUUCACAAGUUAACACUAUAAAACCAGUUAAUAGCUAGCAAUAACAUAUUUCAGGCAAAAAUUUUGUUGAGUCGAAUACUCAAAUUUUUCUCAACUCCCAUCUUAAAUAGGAUUUUUGCAAAAUUCAGGUUAAAUGAAAAUUCUCUAUAGCAUUAUAAAGGCACUAUUUUUCUAUUUGAGCAGAAAAUUAAAGGAAAAAAUAUUCAGCCAUUUUCCAGAAAAUGUUCAGUCACUGGGGCUUUAUGGAAAAUACCUUUAAAAUAUCUUAAUGAUUUUCGGAAAAGCACAAAACUUACCGUAUUAACAAACUUUCAGCUCAAAAUCUAAUCUGACAGUUGGGUGACAUCUCCAUGGGUACAAAAUUGCAUGCAUUUCUUCACUUUUGCCCUUUUUGUAAACACUAAUAGGUCCUUUACGUGCGGAGUUACAGAUAGAACUUUAAAACUGCGAUAAAAUCAGUGGUUAAUGAAAAUCAUUACUUGAUUUAGCCACUAGCAUUGUUCCCAGAAAGAUUGGACCCACAUUUUGUUGUAAACUAAAUAUUCGGGUAUCCAGAACCCACUAGAGCAUCUAGAAUCUUGGACAUCACAUAGCAGAACUAAAUGGAGCACUUGUCCAACUAUUUGUCUACUUCACAGCUUGAAUAGUGGGACAGAGCAAGGUUACCCUCUACUCAGCCCAACAAGUCAAUGCGCAAAAUAACCCUCUUGGCCACUCGGCGACCUUCAAUUAUCAAUUGCUUUAUACUGCAAAACUUAACUUUUCUUAAUAAGCAUUAGCAACUCUGCAGUGACAAUUUGAAGCCUCUUGAUUGGAUAGUAGAACCCAGUGUCCUGUCAGCCACUUUCUGUCAAGCACACAAUGUUAUUCAAACAACAGCAAUUGCCAAAUGUGAAACUGAAUUUUGAAUAAAGUAUAUGGCAAUGCAAUGUAUUAUAAAUUAAUAUAAUCAUUUAACCACCAAAGACAUUCUUCAAUAAUUUUAACAUUUUUGUUCCUAAACUAAGAGUUAUGGAAUGGACAACAGUACUGUAUCGUGUAAACUCACAACACGUACGCUCUUGCACACCACUAC